CUUCGGUGCAUACUUAGCUUGCCCUGUAUGGAUCUGGAGGCCUGAACAAGGCUCCAUCAGUGUUACCAGUCGACAUUGUGUGUAUUGGCUCAUCGAGCUACACUGGUUGCAGCAUAGGAGCACCUCCUUGUCUAUGCAUGGGCGGAGUUAGAAGGUUACGACCGAAUACCGACCGUAUGUCUCCCAACAUUGAUCUUUCCUAAUGUACCUCAAGAGGUGUAUAGAAGGAAGUCACUCCCAAGUGUUAAGGUGACAAUCUGACACGCUUCUGUGGUCCUCACUCUACCAAUAAUCACAGAACCCCUUCGUUCUCACACCUAGCAAUAUGGCAUUGCUAUCCAAACUCAAGAACAUCGCUGUAGUCGGUGCCAAUGGCAAUGUCGGUUCAUAUAUCACCUCAGCCCUCCUUGCAAAGAACCAUUUCAACGUCACCGCCGUCACGCGUGCGGAGUCCAAGGCCACCUUCCCAUCCGGCGUCAGCGUCGCACGCAUCGACUACGACAGUCCAGACACCAUAGUCAAAGCCUUGACCGGACAAGAUGCACUCGUCAUCACAAUGAGCGUCUUCGGUGGUAAUGCGCAAGAGAAGCUCAUUCGUGGAGCAGCUCAAGCUGGCGUGCCGUGGAUUUUACCAAAUGAGUUCGGCAUGUACAACACGGAAGAGAUCCAAAACGAAACCAUCGGGCCUGGCAAGACGAUCGCUCGCAAACUCAUCGAGUCGCUCGGAGUUUCCUCGUGGAUAGGCGUGACCUCCGGCUUCUGGUACGAGUACUCUCUCAGCGGCGGUUACUACGGCAUCGACAUACCGAAACGAGAGAUCGUGUACUUUGACGAUGGAAAGCAGCGGAUGAAUGCCUGCACAUGGCCCCAGACUGGACUGGCUGUAGCGAAUUUGCUAUCUCUGCCAGUAUCGGCAUCUGAUGGCAACGGACUGACACUGGGGCAGUACCGCAACAGCAUGAUCUUCGUAUCGUCUUUUGCUCUCAACCAGCGCGAGAUGUUUGAGGCGGUACAGAAAGUAACCGGCACCACUGAGAGAGACUGGAAAAUUACGUCGGAGCCAUUGAAGCAGCGUUUGGCCACCGCUAGGGAGCGGAUGAUGAUGGGUGAUCGCAUGUCUUUUGCGACAGCUUUGUACACGAGGUACUUCAUCGAUGAGGCAGGUUUGUUCGAGAGGGAUCAUAAGCUGAGUAACGAGGAUUUGAGACUUCCGAAGGAGGACCUCAAUGAGGCUACGAAGCGGGCCGUCGAUCUGGCGAAAAGCGAUUUUCACACAAAGAUGUACUCAAAUUAUACUAAAGCCACUUAG